UGCAGAAUUUGUCCUAGCAUUAUGAAUAGUAUGCUUGGAAAUCCUUGUUUUCACAGUUGAAUUUCAGAAAGUCGAUUAUCAGAAACCGCAUUAGUCCUAUUACAAGCGCUGGAUGUAAAGCUCAAGGCUACCUAAUACCAACCAAAUAUUUACAAACAUUGUUAGAAAGAUGCAAUCCCGAGUUACUCAUCGAUGCAAACUUUGAUUAAAUAUGUAUGACCCACAUUCUUCUUUACCACAAUAAAAAUGUAAUUUUUGACCCAUUCAUUGAAAAAGGUUCGUCAUCCCUGAUAUAGUCCAUUAUGACACUCUUACUGUUGAAUCAAUUCAUGACAUUUGAAGAUGAUGAAACAAAUAUACAAAUAACAUCUGAAUUAAACAUUUGUCCACUUAUAGUGGGUGGAAGAGUCAACUCGUUUAAAGUUGCUUAUUGUUCAAUAGUUCAUAAAAAUGAAUAUAUUAUUGUAGUAACAAUUAUAGUGUUUGAGAUAUUGGGUCACCUAAAAAUUGUACACUCAAAUUCCAUAAUUAAUGCUUUGUACCGCAACUUCGAACACUCUCAUGAAUACUGAGAAUUGGGAUACAUUACUGUUUAUUUGAGCUUUGCGUUUGAUUUGAUUUAUAUUUAACAAUGGAAUUUAUGAGAGGCGUUUUUGUAUGCCUGCAGGCUGCAGCUGAUAUGGUUGCUAAAAGGAAAGAAAUACCAAUUUAAUAUAAUAUUAGUACGGUAUCAUAUAGCCUACAUACAUUGUCUCAUCUUUACUAGCUGAGUAGCGUGUUCUUCACUUUUAAAUCACUGAGAUCAAAUUUUAAAACUGUAUAUAUAAGUUUCAAUGUAAUUCAUACUGAAAACUCAUAUCUUCAGUCUGUUAUUGGAUGAUUAAAAUUUGAUUAUGGAAGUUGUUAUAGCGGACAGCGAGUACCAGUCUUCCUCACUGGAAAGGAUAAAUAAUUUGAGAGAAUAUGGGCUUUAUUGUGAUUUUGUUAUAGUAGUUGAAGAGGAGAAGCUUCCUGUACACAAAAAUGUUAUUGCUGCAAAUUCUGAUUACUUUCGGGCAAUGCUCAGCCAUGACACAAAAGAAAGCAUGGAGGGAACAGUUGAAAUCCAAGAUGUUCAAAUCAAAGCUGUUAGAAUAUGCAUUGCUUACAUCUACACUGGUAUCGCAUCAUUUGAAAACGAUGAUAUAUUAGAAGUCUACCACACUGCUGAUGUUUUCCAACUUCAUAGACUUGUGACUAACAUAUUGAAACAUCUUACUGAACAAAUGAGCAGAGAGAAUGUUUUCAUUUCGAAGCAAUUGGCCAGAAAAUAUGAUUUCAAGGAUUUGGAUGAAAAAUGUGACAAGUAUGCUAUUGAUCACUUUGUUGCGAUCAUGAAAACUACUGCAUUCCUGCAACUUGAAUCAGAGUAUUUGAUUUAUUUGGUUUCAUCACAGAAAAAUAAGGAUACUCGUGAAGAACAAGUUUGUGAUGCAAUCAUAAAGUGGGUUGAAUAUGACAUCAAGCCUAGAAAAGAGCUGUUUCCAGAACUACUACAGCUUGUUGAUCUGAAUCUCAUGGGUUUGCCUUAUAGAAGACAUCUUGUUGAAAAUGAAGUUCUCAUCAAUUCGAGCUCAGAAAGUCUAACUAAAACAGCUUUGUCUGUGUUCAAAUCUCAUCUCAAAGUCUCUUCUUUGAGCUGUGAUCAGACAGUUGCUCCAUCCUAUCAAAACAAAGUUGUGGUUCUUGAUGGAUCUCCAGAAUUCAUCAGAGAGUAUGAUGGCCAUAGAAAGGUUUGGGAAGAAACAGAGAUAGUAAGCAGUGAUGCCAUCAGUGGUUGUGAUAAUUAUAGUGCUGUUUAUGUUGAUCCGUAUAUAUUCAUCUUGUCGGAUGAUAAGUCAGUAUAUCGACUCAAAUAUACGAAGGAUCCAAAUGCUAUGUGGAUAAAGGUGUCAAGUAUGCUUAAAGAUCAUGGUGCAAGACCACCUGCUAUUGCACAUGAUGGUGCAAUUUAUGUUAUAGGAUUGGGAAAUGAAUCACCAGGGAAAACUACAGCAUCAGGUGAGAAGUACUCUGUCCCAGAGGAUCGUUGGACACCUCUACCUGAUAUGUCUGAAGAAAAAGACAUGAAUGCCUUGGCUGCUGUUGGUCAUAGCAUAUACAGCUGUGGUGGUCUGCUAAGAAAAACACCUUUAAACACUGUUGAGAAAUUGAAUCUGAAGACAAUGCAUUGGCAAGGAGUUGCAUCAAUGAAGACUCCUAGAUAUGGUGCUGCUGCGGUGACUUAUAAUGACAAGAUUUAUGUUAUUGGAGGUGAAAAUACAACUGUUCUAUCAUAUGCUGAAUUCUAUGAUACCAUCACUGGUGUAUGGACCGACAUCUUGCAAAUGACAAUGCCUAGAAACUAUUGUCAUGGAUUCGUACACGACAACAAAAUAUAUGCUGUUUCUGGAAUAUGGGGGACCAAUUUUUUUGGAGAACCAGUGGAAGCUUAUGACAUAGAGAAAAAUACUUGGGAAAGACAAACACGUUUCCUGGCACCAGUGAGAGAGAUAACUUGGGUUCUUUCAAUGUGAUCGACAUAUUCUGUUAUAGCUGCUGUGAAAGAAUAUUGAAUAUACUAUUCAAUUUUAAAUCACGGAGGAAGUUACUACAAUAUUGUUUCUAAAUUAUGAGUAUUCAAACUUCGAUUCAUGACAUGUUUAAAAAAGCUUUGUAAAUAUGUUAGCUAUACAUAAUUUAGAAUUGUAUAUUUCAAAUCAAAUAAUUUAGUGGGAUUUAUGUUUGCCAUAUGUUUACACAACGUACCGUAGUUCCUCGUUUUGUUGAAGUUUAGUCACUGCCAAUUACAAACACUGCUUUUUUGUUUUGUCUCACAUUUUGUUCCUUUUCAAUCAUCCGUUUGCUCCAGGCUUGUCAUUAAUACAUAAGUUGUAUUCUGUUUUGAAUGUCUUUCAAGUUGACCUAAUUUGCAUUGAUGAAAAAUAUUUUGACCAAAGAGCGAGGGACAUAUUCCGCUCAGUGAUUUAUACACCAAUUGCCUUUAUUUGCUAUAAAAAAAUCAAAUUGGGAUAUUUACAUUGCAAUAAUGAUUGAUAUUAUCUAUAAAAGUGCUGUAUAAAAAAGUUUUCUGUCUGGCAUGUAUGCCAGAUUCAGGAUUUCAAUAAAUUAUUCAGAACUUAAAAUGUCUCUUGGGCCUAUGCUGCUUUUUUGUUUUGUUAUGAUGCAUGACAUAGUUAAGUGUAAAAUCCUGUAAUUUUUUGUGUAGA